GAGGUGGAACUAUGUAGACAAAGCACCUGUGAAACCUGAUUCACAGGGCGUGUAUGAAACGCGCAUAUGUAGUGCUACUGUCCUUAGAGAAAUCACAUAAGUCUACUUCCUGAAGUAGAGUAGGUGACGUAGGUGUAUUUACCUGUUGUCAGGUGCAUCUUCUUCGUCGCGAGAAAAAGAAAAGAAUCAUGGAUUUAAGCAAAAAAAUGUUUUGCCUGUGAUACAUGCCCUCCAAAACAUGGGCGAAGAGUACAGAAUGCAGUGUAAGGGGACCACUCAGCUAGGUAGUGCUAUACAGUUACAAGAGGUCACACUGGAAAAUGGCAUAAGGGACAAGGCACCUGAAGUUGCAGGGGAAGGCAAAGAGCCUGAGGGAUACACUGUGGAACAGGCUGUGGAGGCAAUGGGCUUGGGCAGGUUCCAUAUACUCCUUUUCAUCGUCAUGGGCAGUGCCAAUAUCAUUGAGGCGAUGGAGAUCAUGCUGCUGGCAGUGCUUUCCCCAGAGAUCCGCUGUGAGUGGCGUCUGGAUGAUUGGCAGGUGGCGCUGGUGUCCACAAUGGUCUUCUUUGGCUUCAUGCUGUGUGGGGUAGUCUGUGGCUAUGUGGCUGACAGAUAUGGUCGCUGGACGGUUGUAUUUGGAGGCUUUAUCUGGGCGGCCUACUUCUCUCUGCUCACCUCCUUCGCUCCCACCUAUGGCUGGUUCAUCUUCCUCAGGUCCUUGGUGGGCUGUGGAGUGGCUGCAACAUCACAGGGGUUUGUGCUGAAAACAGAGUUCAUUCCCUCCAAAUACAGAGGCUCACUCUUGCCUUUAGCCAGUGUGUUCUGGAUGUUCGGUUCUAUGUUGAUCAUAGUGCUGGGGAUGACUGUGAUUCCGACACUAGGCUGGAGAUGGAUGAUCCGGAUAUCCAUUGUUCCCAGUAUCAUACUAAUUCUGCUUUUCAAGUUCAUUCCAGAGUCUGCCCGCUACCAGGUGUCUGUUGGGAAUGUUGCCGGUGCCUUGGAAACGCUGGAAUGGAUCGCUCGGCUCAAUGGGACCAAACUUCCCCCGGGAGUGCUGAGGGAGUCUGUGGUGAAAGAAAGGGGACACGGCUCUGUCCUGAUCAGUCGUACCUUCAGACGCACAUCUGUGAUAAUGUGGUACACAUGGUUUGUGGCAUCCUUCUCCUACUACGGCUCAGUGUUGGGCAGCUCUGAGCUGCUGGAGAAGAACCUGCUGUGUCAGACAGAUGCAGACCCACACACACAUAUCAGGCACGACCAGCAGGGGGCACCCUGCUACUGCGUCCCUUUCAGCAAUGCAGACUACAGCACACUGCUCAUCAGCUGCCUGGGAGAGGUGGCGUUAAUCCCCAUGAACAUCGGGUUGCUGAGUGUGAUCGGCAGGAGGCAUAGCAUGGCUGUGGUGCAGGUGCUCUCAGCUGCAUUCUUCAUGCUGUUGAAUGUCUGCACAACCAUGUUUGGUUUCACAGUGUUGUUGUUCCUGCUCCGGUCAGUGGUGUCCAUGAAUUUUAAUGUGGUCUACAUCUACACUGCAGAGGUUUACCCCACAGCAGUGCGUUCCAUAGGAAUGGGAGUUUGCACAUCCUUCAGUCGCAUUGGAGGCAUGAUAGCACCCUUCAUAGCACAGGUGUUGAUGUCUCAGUCAGUGUUGCUAGCUCUGUUGCCCUUUGCUGUGGCAUGUCUGCUGAGUGCUGUGGGGAUGCUCCUGCUCCCCAUUGAGACAAGAGGACGAGCCCUACUGCAAAACUCCUGACAAGAGGGGACAUGUAUAGUUGUUACAUCCAAUAUUUAUAGUGAUUAUUUAAAAAUGUUCACUA